AUGGACUCCACCGCUCCCUCUUCCACGUCCUCGUCGUCGUCGGAGGAGGAGCCCGGACGCGCCCCGCCACCGCGCAUGACCACGGUCUCGCGCCACUACUUCGGCGGCGCCUCUGCCGAGAGCGACCACGACCUCCGCGUCGACAUCGUCGAGAAUAUAGAGGAUGAUUACGGGAUGUUCGUCUGGCCAUGCAGCGUCAUCCUCGCGGAAUACGUGUGGCAGCAGAGGCCGCGCUUCUCCCGCUCCAAAGUCGUCGAGCUUGGUGCAGGAACCUCGCUACCGGGUUUAGUAGCUGCAAAAGUUGGAGCAGAUGUUACGCUGACAGACAUUGCACAUAAUGCAGAAGUACUGGACAAUAUCCGGCAAAUAUGCAGUCUCAAUAAUGCGAACUGUACGGUAUUAGGACUUACUUGGGGAGAUUGGGACGAACCUGUAUUUGAUUUGCACCCUGAUAUUAUUCUCGGAGCCGAUGUGCUUUAUGAUUCAGCAAAAUUUGAUGAUCUCUUCGCGACGGUUACCUUCCUCCUGGAAAAUUCUCCUGGGGCAGUGUUCAUCACGACAUACCACAAUCGCAGUGGUCAUCACUUGAUCGAAUUCUUGAUGGUGAAGUGGGGUUUAAAAUGUUUGAAGCUUCUGGAUGGCUUCUCUUUCCUUCCCUCUUGCAAGGCUGAUUCACUACAGGGAAAUAUUCAGCUCGUUGAGAUCGCACUUGAGAAGGAAAAGCCUAAAUGAUCUUCAGCCUUUACAGGAGUUAAGGACAUGACAAUGGAACGUUUGGCCUUCACUACAUUACUGUACAUUAGGUAACUCCAGAGGCUCAUGAAAUCAUCCACAAGGACUUCCUUCUGAAAGGAUUUGUUUAUUCGAAGGGAAACAUUCUCGGGUUUUCGGGUUUUAUCAUUAACUGAACCAGGUAAUAGCUUUGGCAAGCAAAAACAAAAUCUUUGUGUAGGUCCAACUGAUCAUAAUCACAGAUGUGCAUUGCUUGUA